GGACGGUAGGAGGGAGGUUCGGAACAGCGCAGGCGAGCAGACGCUGUUCUCUUCAAACACAUAAGGCGAACUCACCCGGAGGUUGCAGCUCUGUGUCUCCCUCCUGUCGGCGCAGAAACCUUGCAAGAAAGAUUCACAGGACACCUGGUGUUGAGGCUAGAGACGUGGACUGGGCCUGGGAUCUGCAGGACACAAAAAAAAAAAGUCAGAAAAGCCGGAGGGAUUUUACUUUCAUGCAGACGUAAAAGCAACAGCAUCAAGCACAGGAUAAUACAUGCUGUAGAGGCCUAAUGCAAUUGGGACUACAGAUAGAUUACAUGCACCAUUCUCUCUAGCUUUGUCAAGACCAGAUAUCAAAGUGCAUCAUGGAUUUUGUAAUGAAGCAAGCACUGGGAGGGGCCACCAAAGACAUGGGGAAAAUGUUAGGUGGAGAGGAAGAAAAAGACCCAGAUGCCCAGAAGAAAGAAGAGGAGAGGCAGGAGGCACUGCGGCAACAAGAGGAGGAGAGGAAGGCUAAGCAUGCUCGCAUGGAGGCGGAGAGAGAGAAGGUCAGACAGAGCAUCAGAGAUAAGUAUGGACUGAAGAAGAAGGAGGAGAAGGAGGCUGAGGAGAAAGCAGCCAUGGAGCAGGCUUGUGAAGGCUCACUAACUCGCCCGAAAAAGGCCAUUCCUGCAGGGUGCGGGGACGACGACGACGAUGACGAGGAGAGCAUUUUGGACACCGUCCUGAAAUUCUUGCCCGGACCGCUUCAGGACAUGUUUAAAAAGUAAUGGACAUAAGAUGGUAUUUGGGGGCUGCUUGGGAGGUUUACUUUUGCAGGGAAGAGCUUGAGACUGGGGAUAGCGGGAGUUUGAGACUGGGGAUAGCGGGAAUCUUGGCAAACUGUGGAAGGCUUUUCACUGCCUCGAUAAAGUCUUAGUUGUUAUUUCUACUGAUAAAAACAAUCCAUUCCCCUACAAAGUUGGUCUUGUCACUGCCAUUCAGGUUCCAAUUGUUUAUAAAAUUUUUUCUAUGGGUUAACAUAUAUGCACAACCAUGGCCUCAUACUCUGCAAAUGGUGGGCCAUCAGGAUUCAUUACAAAGGAAACAACAGGAAUACAUUCCAUGCAGUUGACACUAGAGAUCUCUGGCAAUGGGAUGAGGGGUGUGUGUGUGUGUAGCGAGUUUGUCGUCCCCCCCCCAACAUCACUUGUAGUAAAAGCUGAAGGGGCGAUUUAAAAAGAAAGAAAAAAAGCAUGAUGCCUUCCAAUGGCUUUCUACACAUUUUAGUUGAUGGGUUUUUUUUGUUUUUGUUUUUUUUUUGUAAAGAGAUUACUGAAAAAAGUUUCCUUCUCUUGAAUGAUAUGUCUCAAAUGAUUAAGGACAACAUGUUACAAGUGGUCAAUUAUUUCAGUUUGGUGUUGCCAUACAUAGACCUAAGAAAGAACAUGAUUGUGUCUAUAAUGCCAUUCUUGACAACCUGAAUGCUCAAUGUCUAGUUGAAAUUUCUCGGAUACUCUUCUUCCUUAUUUUUCAAUAGCUGUCUUUUAAUGUGUGAGAGAAGUAAUAGUAAUUGUUUAACGUUUGAAAGAGAAGUAAUAUGCACAUUAGUCCUGCCAGCAUGAGUUUAGGAAAGGAAAUCAUGUAUAGGUUUGUACUGGGUAAAAAAAAAAAAAUCAAAUCAAACACUGCCACAUUUUAGCCAACCAAUUAUUUCAGUGACCAAAUCUUUUCUAUGAAGGAAAACAUAAAAUGAUAAUGCAUAAAUGUAUUUACUUGUAUUUGUAAUCCAGCCUGGAAAAGCACUGCAGUGAUGGGAGCAAGAGUUUCCAAAAAAAAAAGAGCAGUUGAUUGAUUUAUUGAUAUAUUAAGGUAUUAAUUUUGCCCCAAAAGACAAUCAAAUACAAUUAUUGUAGUGCAGUAAAAAGAAAGGCAUCAAUAUUAAAACUUUGAGUAUGAAAUUGGUCUGCUAGUUAACGUGCAUCCAUUUUGAUUAAAAAAAAAAAAUGUUUUUCAUUCAAGGCUUCUCCAGACUCAAAAAUCCAGACAGAAGUUUCUAGGAAAAUGUUUUGAUUUGUGUUCAAAAUCAAUAGACCAAAGAAAGAGGAAUAAAAUCUAAAUUUCUGUAAACAAAUUCAAGUAUAGGAAGAUCUGGUUUUCAUAUUUGGCCUCCAAAUAAGAAUUCAAGGGAAGAUUCAAUGAAUCAGUGGAAAUGAGAUACUAUAAUUCUAUACUCUAGCUCCCUGAUAACUAUAUUGUCUAAUACUGCCAAGAUCUUAUGCUACGUAUUCUUGAUUUCCAUAUCUAUAGAUAGACAGACAUUUAUUUAUAGCUAUAGUUACUUCAUAGCAAUGGACAUUCUAUCUAACAAGAUUUUUUUAACCACAU